UAACAAAUUGUAAUGGCGGCUGUAGGAUUAAAGAAAUAAGUCAGUUUCAGACUAGUAUAGGCCCAUUCAGACAGCUGUCAGGCAUUUUCAAUGGCAGACAUGGAUGUUACUUUAUUGUGCAAUGUGAAAAGUUUUAUAUCUUUGUCAUUUGGAACGUAAAGCAUGUCGACAUUGCGUUUUAUUUGCUGCGUUUUGUGAACAGUGAUAUGUAAACAAGAUCGUCAGUUCUAAACAGUCUUACGAUUUUGACAGUUAGAGUGUCACUAGUUGGUCUGUGUUUUGGACACUCAAUUUGACAUGUAAUUGUGUUUUGCAAGGAAAAUUAUAUUUUACUGGUUGUGUUCCGAUUCUUUAUUUGGAAUGGAGGAGACUGUUCACGUGUAUUUCCAUGUCCACUACCAUGAUUAGGCCCAAUGUAGAACCCUCACGAUGAGCGUGGUCCUGAGGCUAGGGGUAGUCCAUACAAAUGAUGGAGGCCAAAAAGAUGUGGCGAACGACACCGAUGUGGUGGAUUGUCCCACAGGAGAAUAUUACAUGAUACCCCAGACUUACCCGGGAUGUUUUGGCUUGCCUUACCAAGAUCACAACUAUGGUGCUCCACCGCCUCCUACUCCUCCUCCAUCACCUCCACCCCAGCCGCCGUCUCCACCACAAGUGGACAAGGGCCUCCAGCUGGAGGUGGAGGAUGUGGUCAUGGUGCCAGCUGUGGCGGCCACAGAGGUGGCUCGCGAGAUCUCUGUCGAGGACGAUAGCAUUACCAGGUGUAUCUGUGACUACACACAUGACGAUGGCUACAUGAUCUGUUGUGACAAAUGCAGUGUCUGGCAACACAUAGACUGUAUGGGAGUUGACAGGAGCAACAUUCCUGAGUCCUAUUUCUGUGAAAUCUGUGAGCCUCGGGUGUUAGACAGAGAAAGAGCUCGACAACUGCAGACCAAGAGGAAAGAGCUUCUCAUCAAUGAUUCUAGUGCUACUGAUACAGACCCGGAAGAAGCAAUGAACAGGCAAAUGUCUCAACAACUCAUGAACACAAAGAAGGGUAAAAACAGGAAAAAGACCAGAGUUCGCAGUGACAGGAACAACCCAACCACUCCUAAUAAAAAUGAUGUCAAGUUAAGAAGGCCAAAGAAGGAUAAGAAAGAUAUUAACAUAAAAAAGGAAAAAGAGAAUAAAGAAGCAGACAAAAAGCAAAAACAAACAGCCAUUAAGGAAGCCAUCAGCAAAAAGAUCAAUAAAUCCAAACUGAACAAAAAGCCUGGAUUGACUCUCGUGAUGAACGAAAACGCCCAGGAUCCCUGGGAUAGUAGCUACAGUCCCUGGGUUGACAAAUAUGAAGAGGCAAUAGAAAAUCAAUACAGUCCAGACAUCCAAGCACUUAUGGCCAUACGCAUAAAUGGUCAACCAGCUGAUGACCUUCAUCCAUUGAGUGGGAAGUUGCAGAGCAAGCUUUGUCAUGUCACUGAUGUCAACAAAAACAGAAAGGGUUUGGAGGCAUCUGAGACCAUUGGAGAGGGAGAGCCAAUUAUAGAAUACACUGGAAAAGUGACACUGAAACAACAGUUUGACAAGGAUAACUUCUUUAAGCAGUUUAAUCCCUUUGCAUUGUUCUACAACAAGUAUGACAACAUAGAACUGUGUGUAGAUGCCACCUCCUAUGGGAGCACUGCCAGGUUUAUCAGGAGAUCCUGCAAGGCAAACGCAGAGGUUCGGCAUAUUAUGGACAAAGGUGUUGCGAAUUUCUUCAUAUACUCUGCUAAAGUCAUACCAAGAGGCUCAGAGAUCACUAUACCAUAUGAUUACAACUACAAGGACUGCUCCUACUGUGUUGAAUGUGCCUGCCUUAGAAACAACUGUCCUGUAGCAAAACAUUUCAAGCGAAAACAAAAUGCUCAAAAUAAAAAAGACAAAUCCUUGCCUAGGACACCUGUAAAGCCUAUCGCCAAGUCUCCUGUGAAGUCUCCUGUGAAGUCUCCUACCAAGUCACCCCUCAAGUCGUCCAUCAAAAAGAUGAUGGAGGUGGUCGUAAAGAAGGAGGUCGUUGUAGAGGAAUUGCCUCCAAAGGCUCCAAUAGAGGUCCCUCCUCCACCUGUGGAGGUUGAAAAGGAAAUAGUGGAGCCAAAUACAGACCCUGUGGUAGAGGAGAAGGAGGAACCCGAGCAAGCUAGUGCUGAGCAAACUAGUUCUGAGCAAACUAGUGCUGAAGCCCCAGCUCCUCCAAUUGUGUCGGAUGUAGGCAGUGACUCCGAGGAUGUGUCGUCAGGAACACCAGCAGAAAAACGAAACAAAAUAUCCAAGACAAGGGAAGAAAGAAAGAUGGAUGCCAUUAUGAAAGCUUUUGAAAAGUUAGAGAAAAGAGAAGAAAGGAGAAAAGAAGCACUAGCACGCCUGGAGCAUCACAGACAUGAUUCAACAUCAGAUAAUGCUAACACUUCAGCUGAGUGCACCGGUGAGGAAAUUAAGGAAGAGAAAGUUACCAAGCCAGAAAUUGAUGUGGAAAAGGAUUCAAAAGAGCUAGCCAGAGAAAAUGUCUCUGAAAAGGAGAUCGAGGAAACGGACAAGGUGGAACCUGUUAAAAGGGAAAGUAAACCAAAAUCGAGAAAGGCAAAGAAGGCUGCAUCUAGAAGAAAAAGCAGAAUAAACACUGGUAGCUCAAGAGGAUCUGACAUUGAGAUGUUGUCGGCCCCUGUGACACCCAGCCCUCCUGUUCAGGCUCCUGUGGUGACAAACACCAGGAAGAGCAGAACAAGUAGCUGUACUCUAGAAGCCAUCUCACAAAAUGUGACGGCCAGCUCAAUGGCCACGAACACCUUGCCGUCCAGGAAGCGUCGGUUCAGCAGUAACUGCAACAGUACAGAAAAUGUAGUCCAACAAGCAGUUCCCAUCUCCAUCAUGAAUAAUAUGCUGCAGAUGAGGAGGGGAAGGAUGAGCAGCAGCUGUAGCUCUGACACAACCUCCCAGGAUGAGAGUAGUAACACACUGCCCAGCUGUCCAUCUACACCCGCCAUACAGACUGCAGACCUAGCCACACCACCAUCUUUCAAGUUCUUGAAAACAAAAAAGCACUUGAUGAGCGAGUGGCUGAGUGAGAAAACACAGGAUACCAACCCUCUUUGCCUGAAGACGGAGCCGUUGGAGGUGGCAGUAGAAGACAAUGCCAUGUUUGUCACAUGUUUACCUAGCCCACGUAACAGCAUGGAUCAUUUGCGCCGCAACAGUCACAGCUCGGGGAGUGCACGGGCAGGCCUAGACAACAGUAUAGGAUCUGCUAAAAAGCGAUGGUUGAGACAGGCCAUGUGGGACAAACCUGGCCCUGACAGUGGUUCCAUGUCUCCUGUGGCGACUAGCGGAGGGGCAAGCCCCAACCCUGCUGUCAGUACCCCUAACAUCCUCCCCAGUAUCCCUAGCCCUGGGGCCUCUCCCCCUGGUGAUUUUGUGACACCAUUGAAAAAGAGGCGGUUUGCACGGGAGUCGUGUGACCAACCCAUCCCACAGACUCCGUCCACUCCAGCAACCUGCUCUUCAGUGGGCUUGGACUACAAUGUGUCUGUCGAGGCUGAAGAUAGUGUAGAGCAGGGCAAGCCUGACUAUCACCCCACUCCAGCUGUCAUAGAGGAGGAGGAAGAUGAGGUACUGUCACCAAAAUGGCAUAAAAAGGGUUUUUUAAGAAUGAUGAAUUACCCAAGCUGUUUUCAAACAUAUAAUAGUACGGCUGUGUCAAAGGAAGCUGAGAGUGAUACUAUACACAAAUCUACGAGAGGCAGGGACUCCAUAGACAGUGAAACAUGUGAUUCAAUAGAUAGGACUUCUAGUAGGAGGAAUUCGAUCGAUCUCGGAGAUUCAGGACUUGAAAAAUCACCUGAAACAGACAUACAUGAAAAAUCCUCUGAAACAGAACAUGAAAAUUCUUUUGAGACAAAAGUGACUGAAAAAUGUUCUGAAUCAGAAUUUCAUGAAACAGGAUCAAAUGUUAAACAGAUAAGUGAUAAUGCUGCAGACGAAAACGACAUAGAAGACAGGACUUCUGGUAGUAAAACAAUAGACUUGGCAGUGGCCGAGUUGUCUGUGACUUGUAAUAUUGCGAGUGAUAGUGCUAGUAACAGUAAGACCCAUGUAGGUAGUGAUAAAUCUAUGGAGGUGAAAGGUGCCGAACCCAUGGAGUCGGAGUGUGACAGUAUUCAGGAACAGAGAAAUCUGGCCGACAGUGAUAUGGAGUUGAGGCAACAGGAUGUGGAGUCUGAACUCGAGGAAGGUGAAAUUAACGAUGGUUCCAUUGAGGAGUCCAUGCAGGUGGACAGUACAGAAGAUAGUGCUAAUAUGGGAGAUGUGGGGGGAGGGAAAUCUGCUCAAGACAACAAACUUGCUCUGUGUGAUAGUACAUCCAAGGUGGAUGAGAACAAAAUGUUGCAGCCACGAAUGCUUGAGACAGUUCAGGCAGACUGUGGUAGCAGUAGUAAUGUCGUAGUCACUCACUCUGUGGUAGCUUCUGAGGUGAAGGAGGCUGCUGUUGUGGACAGCAGUACGGACACCGACCAGUCUGUGGGCAGGCGGCCCAGUGAUUCGGACAGAGUGGCCAUACUACUGGCUGACCAGUCAACAGAUAGUGACUACGGCUCAUCAAGGACAGAUUUAUUAAAUUCUAGUAACCAGGAAGUGGAGCCCAGUCAUCAGUCGGAGGAAUCACUAGUGGAAUCUGUGAGUGAUUUCUCCGAGUCGGUAAGACAUUCUUCUUCCUCUUCUGUUGUUUCCUUAGAUACAUCAGGAGAGAAAGUAGGCAGCAGUAGUGAUGAGAAGACUCAGAGCUGUUUAUCAGACGUAAGCAGUAGUAGUGAAAGGAGGAAUUUAGCCUCCUCGGAUUCAGUGCAAUCUGUAGUGUCCUCACAAACAGUUGAUGAUUUUAGACGAAGCUUUGCAUCAUCAGACUCUGCUUCAUCUGUUGUGUCAUCGGUGAUACCAAGCAGUGUGUCACCUGUUGUGUCAUCACAAUCAUCAGACAAUGUCGGGGUAUCAUCUACAGAGCUAGUGUGUGCAUCAGAUGCUACAUCUAACAUGGUAGGCAAUAGUGAUACUGCUGACAGCUCUGAGGCUGCUGUCUCAUCUAAAAUGGACAAGAGCGAGGUUUACUCGGAGGACAGCUUGCCCAGUGUUACAGGCUCUAUGUGUUUACCUAAUACUUCUGAGGCUGACACGCCGUCAUUAGAUGAUUUUGGUGUGAUGUCUGAUGAAGUAGAAAAUAAUGGGGAAGCAUCAUCAUCAUCUAGUAUUUCUGAAGACUCGCAUUUAGCAUCAUCAUCUGUUCCAUCAGAUCCCCCACCACCCACAAAGAAAAAGGUCAGCCUAUUGGAGUAUAGGAAAAGACUCAAGGAGAAGAGCACACCAAGUGGCAGCUGUCCAUUAUCCUCCUCCUCAUCAUCAUCAUCCCAAGCUUCAUCAUCAUACACAUCAUAUCCCUCUACAUCGCCGUCAUCCCUCUCACCGUCAUUCAUGCCAUCUCCAUCCAUGUCCUCAUCAUACAACAAGCCAUCCUCAUCAACGACAUCUCGUGGCUCAUCAUCCCUCCACAACUCGAGACGACUUCCAUCGCUGCCAUCGCUACCACUAUUUGAUUCCUCACCGCCAAAAGACUCCUCUCGAUAUCAUUUUAAAAGCUCUUCAGACCUCGUCAGAAGAAAGUCGACUGAAGUGAAAAAACCUGCUAAACCACUGAGCUUGACUGAGAGGUUAAAACUAGAGUUUGGAUUUGAUGACACGGAGGAAGAGGCACAGAAGGAAAAGAAUGAUGGAAAUAUACGCCGCAUCAUCGCCACCACCAUUGUUAGCACGACCAGAGCAGCUUCAUCAGCAUCAUCAUCUUUCACUACACCCCCUCCCCCUCCUCCUCCUCCUCCUUCCCGCACAACCUCUCGUUCUGCAGUCCCAACCAGCGGUCAGGAAUAUACGGACCAAGGACAAGAGGCACAGCAGCAGCAGGUGGCCCCAUCCCAACAAGGGAUUGCUCAUCAGCCUCCACCACAUCACCCAGGCUUUCAGCAGCCCAUGUACCAUCCCCAGCCACACACAGGCCAACCGCCCCUCCACCCACCACUACAACCAGACAUGGCCAUGCACGGGGGCCCACAUCCAGCCCAGCCUGCCCAUAUAAUGGGACAGAACUCGGCUAUGCUCAAUGGACCAGCGCCAGGCAUGAUGCCGCCUCACACUAUGGUGGGACCAGGGCACAUACUUCCCCCUGUUCCUAAUGGCCAGGGACUUGGUCAGGCUCCAGGAAUGUUGCCACCCCACUCACACAUUGCUGGGGUACAGGCGGCACCGCCGCCCAUGCAGAAUGGCCCGGGACCAGCUCCCCCAGGGGGGCCCUCCCCGAGACAGGGAGGCAAGAUACCGUCACUGAUGUCCAUACAGACAUUUCCCUCCAGGGAUCUACAGCCUACUGUCAACAGUAAUGGGCCUCCUGCAUCUCACUCCCCACAGCCACAGGUCUUUCCAGGGCAACACCUUCAACAGAGUACGGACCAAGGGCUUGGAAUUGCUCAACAUGUUAUACUGAAUAAUGAGGUGACCUCCUACAGCCAGCCAGCGUUGCAACAACAGCAUCCCCACACAGCCAGUCACACGACUGGCUACCAGCAGUCCCCUCAGGGGCCAGGUCAGCCAGGAUUCAACUCCACAAUUAAUGGCCCCCAAGGACCUAAUCAAACAGGGUUUAAUUCCACUAUCAAUGGCCCCCAGGGACCCAACCAAACAGGGUUUAAUUCCAAUAUCAACGGCCCCCAGGGACCCAACCAAACAGGGUUCAACUCUACCAUGAAUGGAAACUCAAACUUUAACAUGAUUCAGUCCUCACCACUGCAGGUACAACAACAGCAGCCUCCUGCCAACGGACCACCUCUCGUGCAUGAGUAUAACCACGGUUACAAUGGAAUGUCAAAUAAUGAUCAUAAACAGCACUUUCAGCGAUCCCCGUCACAGUACAACUCUCAGGGGUCGGUGCAACGAAAAUCAAAAUAUUUCGGGAAGAAAAAGAAAAAGGGGCACAACCAUCAGCAGCAGGUUUAUCCCGACUCGGGAGGCCUAUAUUGAGGCUGGUGUGGAAUGACUUCAUCAUCUCUCUGGGGUGUAUGUGUUUAAUUGUGAUUGAUGAAGAGUGAGAGUUUCUUUGUUUUGUAUUUUGUUUUCUUCAAUGUAGCAUAUGAUAAUUUACAUUAUUUUUUUCUGAUCAAACAUUUUAUUGGAAAUGGAAAAAGGAUAUGUGUUAUGGGUAAUUGAGUAUCUAAAAUAAUGCACACACAGGUGUUGAAAUAAUAUCUUUCCUAGUCCCGGGUAUUUGGUACUCCUUACAAACGUUUUCUCAAUUCUUGUGAUAUUCUUUUAAAAGUGCUGUAAGGAAAGAUCGUUAUGGUGGACUGGUGAAACCAAUAUUUUGGUUACACAGUGAUACGUUUGUAUGUUAUAUCAUUCAGCUUACCACCGAGCGUUAUAGUUGUGUAAUAUUGACAUAUAUAUAACAUUUUCACCUUGAUCAAUUUGAUUGAUCAGGUAUAAAAUUGUGAGUGGUGAAAUCCAGGGACCCUUUAAUUUGUCUUUACGAGCUUAACUUGUAUAUUACGAUUUCAGUUAGGGGAUAAUUUUGAUGUAAUAUCUUGUGUGAUGACACCGAUAUAACACCCAUUUUGGCGAAGACAAAAGAUAUUUUUCUUUUUGUUGGAAGACUACUGUGUUGUGGCAUGAAGUAUGUAUUUCUUACUUUUUGAAUUUUUGUGUUUACUUUAUAUCGCAUUUAAAGUUGAUGAACGAGUCUUAAAAAUUUCUAGGCAUUUAAAUCAUGUUGACUGCAUUAUUUGCCUUGGAAGCUUGUCUGCUUGAGUAGGUCUCGGUAGGGCAAUAUUUGUACAUGUAAAUAUUAAUGGUAAAUACCUGUUGAUGAGCUGUAUCAGAUUGACCAGAUAACAAUGGUUUGGGAGUUGUAUUUAUUCCCUUCAUCCCUUCAUCUGUUUGAAUAUGUUAGGGUUUUGGAUGUGAGAGUGUUUGGCAGAGAAUCAUUUUGCUGUGACGGUACAGUAAUGGUGCAUUUUUCAUUGUAAAUAGCCAUCUAUUCACAUUUAUUCUCCAACCGUUACAUGCAGUAAGAUUUUCUGAACAUGUAACCUUUUUGAUUGUUCCAUUUUCAUUCAAAACGACCAUUUAUCACUCAUUUAGCAUCUAUUGUACAGAGGUUUAUUUUGUCUAGCAUAUAUAAACCAAACUCGAUUUUAAAGGGGGUAAGUUUUGUGUUUAAUGAAAUAGAAAACUAGUUGGCUUUGUGUACACAGCGAAUUAAACAUUAUUUUCAUACCUGUACAGAAAUCAGGUUUCAGUGUAUUAUAUAAACAAAGGGGGGGGUAGUGGUAUAUUGCAAUCGGUUGCUAUAUUGGCAAUUGGUCGCUGCUACAUGAUGAACUAACAAGCUUCAAACACUAGUGGAUCCCAGAAGUAUGUCUGUCUUCUACAGUCGAUCUCUCUCUCUCUCUUUGCUAUCACUUCUCUUUCCUCUUCUGCCUCUUUCUCUCUUUCUGCCUUACGUGGAUGGUCUGAACAAGACUGGAUUUAGAUACAGGCUUGUGUUGUCCAAUGUUCUCAUCAGCUUUGUACUUUGCUUAUGGGAUUAUUGACCACUAGUGGAUAGAAGUAAAGUAACUCAUUUUAUGAAAAUUA